UUGAUUUUUUGUGUCUGCAAAUUGCAAAGUACAGAAUGGAUACAAUUCUAUGUGAUGAACUUCUUCAAGAAAUAUUCCGCCGCCUUCCACCGCCGUCCUCCGCCGCCGUUUCUUUAGUCUGUAAGCGGUGGCUUUAUCUUCUUCGCUCUUCAACUACUUCUCUUUCUCUCAGUUUCAUUGAACCCCCUUUUAUUCCUCUUUUUACCUCUUUUCUUCGUUUUUACCCAUAUUUAUCUACUGUCUCUGUUACUAUUACAAGCACCUUAGAUUCUUCCGAUCAUUUACUGUUUUCAAUCUCUUCAUCUUGUCCUAAUCUCAAGUACCUUAAAUUCUUAUCUGGUCCUCUUUCUCAUUUUUCUCUUGUUUCUCUUUCUGCUUCUUGUCCUAAUCUUGUUUCUCUUACUGUUACUCUUUUUAGACCUUUGAAUUUCAUGUGGUUGGCUUCUUUUAAUAAAUCUCUUAAAGAAUUAUCUGUUUACUCAGCUGGGGAUUCAAGGGAAUUGGAUUUUGUUGACUUUUCUGGUUCUUGUGAUUCUGAGUUGAAUUUGGAAAGUCUUUUGUUGUCUGGAAUUAAAGCAAGGGAUAAGGGUGUUAAUUUUUUAUGGAGAAAUUGCAAAAAGGUGAGAAAUUUAAAGCUGAAAAGCUGUGAAAGUGUUGGUGAUCAAAGUUCUUUUUUAGCAUUUCUUGAAUAUUUGGAGGGUCUUGAAACAGUGGAAUUAAGAACUUGUAGAGCAAUUGUUGAUGGGGUUUUGUUGAAACUAGCUGAGAAUUGUGGUAUGUUGAAUUCUUUGUUGAUAUAUGAUGGUGGUAGUAAAGAGGGGUUACUUCAUUUCUUGAGUCAAAGCAAAUGUUAUACUAAUUUACAGAAGCUUGAUUUAAGAUUGCCUCUUGAUCUUGAUAAUAGUCAUUUCAUAGCUGCUGCUGAAAAUUUAGGGUUUUUGAGGAGUUUAAGGUUACAAAGUUGUUGUCUUGUUACUGGUGAAGGGCUAAAGAUUCUUGGAAAUGCUAUGGCUAAUGGACUUGAAGAAUUGGCUUUGAUAAAUUGUGAUGUAGUGGAAAGAGAAUCUGGUUUGUUGAAUACAUUAGGACAGGAUUUGAAGAAAUUAAGGAAAUUGGACUUGUCUUUUAAUGACAUGUUAAUUGAUAAAGAACUGAUAUCAAUGGUUGUGUCUUGUAACAAUUUGAAUGAAUUGAAGUUAAGGGGUUGCAACAAGUUGACAAAUUUAGCUAUAGUUUCAUUGGCUAAGUGUUGCAAGAAAUUAGAAAGUGUUGAUGUAAUGUAUUGUUGUGGGAUUGAGGCACAGGCUGUUGAGUUAUUUGUGUUGAAUUCACCAAAGUUGAGAAGGUUGCAGGUUGAGGAAAAUAAGGUUUCUAAUGUGGUCAGGACAUGGGCAUCAAAUAAAUUCAUUGAAAUUGUUUACUGAGAAUAAAUUUAGCUAAUGAAAUGCUAAAGAGAGCUACUUAUUAUUCAUAGCAACUGCUGAAAAAGGUAGCAUUUGAUUACUUCUCAUAAACUCUGUAUAUGUAUCCUUUGUAGAUUUCAUUGUUAAAAGAGAGGAAUCAUGUUUCAUCUACCAGCAAAUAAAAUUGUUGUACAGAACAUUCCUUGGAUUAUGAAAGCAAAUUGUUAUAAAUAUUGCAUAUUUUUUUAUUGCCAAGA